AUGGCUGCGAAUGUUGCGGUAUUCCAACCUCUUCUGCUCCUACAGAUGGAGGACUUGAAGACGGAGCACCGAGCGGCAGCCUCAGAAAAGGUUGAGGCCGUUAUGAACGAAAUAAUUGAGAGGCCAUUCAAAGGUGUCCGCGACCGAUGCUUUGAGGAUCCAAACGUAUGCCAGAGAAUCAGAGCACUCAUUGCUGGAUCAAUCGCCAAGGCACUCGCAAGCUCUCUCCACGAAAUGAAGAAUGAGAUCAUUGCGUUUUGCAGCCAGGACAACGUGAAGGCCACCAUGGAAGCUGCGCAAAUCUUCUACGAAAGAGUUCGCCACAAGCACCUAGCUACGAUGUCCUACCGUCUUCAAAAGAUGGCUUUCAACCUCAUGAUUCGCUGCUCUCACAUCUCCCAAGCAUUCAAAAUCGAAGAAGCUGAACGCAUUGCUCAGCACCACCAUGGAAUGCCCUUGCCUGGCCAUGGACUCAACCUCUUCGUCUUGUCUCCGCAUCAUGCCAUGAACCGAAUGAGAAUGCUCUACAUUAUGGAAGUCAAAGUCCUGGCAACUGCAGGUGAAUCAUGGACAGAACCAACAAAUCUGGCUAUGCAGGUCCUGUAUACCGAUGUCUGUGACCGGAUGGGCGAUGCCUUUCUAAAGAAUAGAAAUCUCUCUCAGGAGACGAAGACCAAGGUCACCGAAAAGUUGGUGCAGGACUGCCACGCGACUAUUGACUACGCCUUCAUGGCUUCCAUGACAUACUGCGAAGAAAAAGCGGAUGCCCAAGAGCCUGUUUCCUAUCAGGACAUCCUUGAGAUACAUGAAAAGGCCUGGGAUGAGUACGACGCCAAGCAUGCCCCCAAGCUCCUCAAUAUCAUCCGAAACGACAACCUAGCGGUCAUUAUCUCGAGACACAAUCUGGACGUGGCUGAGGCUUUCACUGCAACUACGUUGGGAGUUUUCAGGAGGGGCCUCAAAGCCUCCGCAAAGAAAUCAGCCGAGGAAGGCGUGACGGAUGCUGGUAGCAAGUUCGCCGAGUUCGAUUCUUCUACGGUCGACGAGAAAAUGUACGCUGCUAAAGUAGCCGAACUCGAACAAGAGUACCUGUCAGCUUUUGAGAAAGCUCUGGAGUUUGGUAAUGCUGCUGUUACCAGCUUCACUGCGGAGAAGAGCGACAAGGUUGAGCUCAUCAACGGACACCAUGUCUAUGAGAAGUUCAAGGAAGCUUAUUGGAAGUUCCUCCGGCAAGGUGACGCCUCUCGUUCUCAGAUGGCUGACAAGAUUAUCAAGGACUUUGUGGCUGCUGCAGCUCAGACACAGGCCAACAGCGGCUGA